AUGGCCCGAUCCCAGAAGGACCCCGCGAUCCUCGAGAUCGCACGCACCCUCAAGAACACGCCCUGGUGCGAGAACUACGAGCUCAUGGUCUCCGGCAUGAUGUACAACCCCGUCGACCCGGUCCUGGUCGAGGGCCGCCACCAGGGCCGGUGCCUGGCCCGCGACUUCAACGACCUCGACCACCGCAAGCACACCGCCGACGAGGUCGCCGAGAAGAAGUCCGAGAUCCUGGGGCGGAUGCUGGGGCGCGUCGGCGCCGGCACGUUCGUGGAGGCGCCGUUCAUCGUGGAUUACGGGUGUAAUGUCAUUUUCGGCAAGAACUGCUUCGCCAACUUCAACAUGACAAUCCUCGACGUGAGUCUCGUCACAAUCGGCGAUCGCGUCCAGUUCGGUCCCAACGUCAGCAUCUACACCGCGGGCCACGACACCUCGGUCCUCUCGCGCAUCAAGUUCGUCGAGUACGGGCUUCCCGUGACCAUCGAGGACGACUGCUGGAUCGGCGGCGGCGUCAUCAUCAUGCCGGGCGUCACCAUCGGCCGGGGUACGACUGUCGGUUCGGGGGCCGUCGUGACCAAGAGCUUGCCGGCGUACUCUGUUGCCGUGGGCAGCCCCGCGAGGGUGAUCAAGACGUUGAGGACUGUAGAGGAGGAGAUGGCGGAUCCGCAGAAUCCGUACCGGGAUCUGCCUGGCAACCUGCCUGAGAGGGAUUGA